UGCUUGCAGCACUAGCUUCCUGCUUUGGCUUCCUCUAUAAACUUUGACUAUUCUGGCCACCUCUAAAAACCUAAAGCAACCUUCCCUYCCAGGAGAAUCAAGCAUCUAAGAAGAAGAUCACCUCAUUGGUUGGAGGUUAUUUUAUAACGGUUUUGUAGUCUGUAUACCAUGAUCUAUUUUAUUCUCGCUCUUUUGGUUUCUCUGCUUCACUAUAUAGCAAUUAUUGAUUGCAAAGCUUUCUUCACUAAAAUUCCUUCAAGCAAACUACUUGUAUUAAAAGGAGAAACUGUUAAGCUUGUCUGGGACUACCAUGUUGAUGACAUGGAGAGAGAGUUUAAUUUACUUUCGCCGCUAUGGUAUUACCGUUAUAGCAAAGAUCGCAUCCAGCGUGAAACAAUCGGUUUUAACUAUUGGUUUGUUAGAUGGAAAUUUCUAAUUUCCAAUAGUACCUGCCCUCCUCGGUUAAAAAAGCCUGCAAUUCGAGUAAGGAGAGAGUCGAAUGCCACUUUAGUCAUCACAAAUGUGACAAUGGCUGACAGUGGGAUCUAUGGUUGCACUCUAGCUUUGGUAUAUGRGGCUGAUGUCACAAACGAAGUGAAUCUAAUUGUUGCAGAUGCAGCAGCUCAAUUUACUCAGGUGCCUCCGAGCAAACUCUAUGUAGUUAAAGGAGGAACUGCCAUGUUUGUUUGGGACUAUCACGUGGAGGAUAGGUUGAAAGAUUUUGAUUCUGCAUCACCACGGUGGAGAUUCUAUGGUGAAAAUUUUAUAGCAAAUAUUGGAUAUGACGACGUCUUUGCAGGAUGGAAAUUUCAAAUUGAUACACAAAGAUGUCCACCUCGAUUGCUGAUUCCUACAGUACGAGUAAGCAGAGAGUCUAACGCUACUUUGGUCAUCACUAAUGUUACCAUGGCUGAUAGUGGGAUCUAUGGUUGUCGUUUAUUCUUGUCAAGUGGAUUAUCAAGCUCCAUGCCAAUAAGUAAAGUAGAGCUCAUUGUUACAGAUUCAGUAGUUCGGUUCACUCACGUUCCUCCCAGUAAACUGUACGUAGUUAAAGGAGGGACUGCCAAGUUUGAGUGGGACUACCACGUGGACAACAAGAUUAAAGAGUUUGAUUCUCAAUCACCAAGAUGGAGACUAUACCAUGCAAAUUUUAUUGCAAAUAUUGGCUAUGACGACUACUAUGAAGGAUGGGAGUUUAUGAUUUAUAGAYACAGCUGUCCAACUCAAUUAUUAAGGCCUAAAGUACGAGUAAGCAAAGAGCCUAAUGCCACUUUGGUCAUCACUAAUGUCACCAUGGCUGAUAGUGGGAUCUAUGGAUGCCUUUUAUUUUUAUCAAGUGGAUCAUCAAGUUCMAUGCCGAUAAGUAAAGUAGAGCUUAUUGUAACAGAUGUGAUCCCGCAUUUCUCCAAAGUUCCACCAAGAAUACUGUACGUCCCAGUGGGACAAGCCGCUACUCUCGAAUGGGAUUACAUCUCCAGCAAUAAAACUUCAAACUUUGAUCCUCAGUCACCUCGUUGGGAGUUYUAYAAUAGCAUUGAUGGCUGGAAAACAAUCGGUGCAGACUAUGGUACACUAGGUUGGCAAUGGAAACUURGUUCAACUUGUCCGGAAAGACUGCAGAAUCCUACUAGAAUAAUCAAGGCUUCGGUUGCCAGCCUUGUUAUAUACAAUUUAACCACAGAAGAUAGUGGAAUCUAUAGAUGUAAUCUGACUUUAAGGCAUCGACCUCCAAUAACAAAUUCAACAACACUGAUUGUCACAGCACCACCACAUUUUAACCGGCGACCAUCGUCUGUUGUGAAUAUUCAAGAAGGACGGAGUCUGCAAAUAUCUUGUUCAGCGGUUGGACCCCCAACGCCCAACGUCUCGUGGGUACGAAGGCAAGGGGAUUCCAAGGCUACUAUCGUCGAAGGAGUAGGGAAUGUAACACUUAUGAUUCCGAAUAUCAAAAGAGAUCAGAAUGGAACGUACGAGUGUCAAGCGGUAAACAAUCCAAGCCAAAGUCCUGUUACYACUCAAACAACAGUAAACAUUAUGUAUCCACCAAGAAUCGACCAUUCAAAGUCAGACAAUGAAGUAACAUUUUCCCCCAAUGUUAUCACACGGUUACGUUGUGUAGCCGGCGGAUUUCCUAUUCCAAACAUCACCUGGUACAACUCUAAUGAACAGCGAAUCAAAGAAAACGUGACKUCACUAGCUGGUUAUAGUGAGGUGUCAAUAUACAUCAAGAAUCAAAAAGAUUAUAUAUGCCGCGCUGAGAAUAYCCUUGGAUUUAUCGAGCACAAAGUGAAUGUUCAAGCCUAUGAAAACGAAGCAAUAUGUUACAAGACAAAAAUAGCAAAAAACAKCGGAGGAUCUAAACUAGGUCAACCUUUUCUAAUUGCUGGUAGUGUGCUGUCAAUCAUUGCAAUCAUCUGCAUCCCGAUUACCAUUGUACUUAUCAUCAAACUACGUAGAGGUAGAAGCACAAAGAAAAUAUAUUCAUCUCAAAAGGGCGUCAUCAACAUAUCUAUGGACCCAGUCCCCCCUCUCUCGGACCAUGGCUUACCUUAUAAUACUAAAGGAGAAGAGACAGCUUACGAAGAGCCUUUGGAUGAGCCCACAGUGUCAGACACUAGUCAUAAUAUAAGCUAUCCAUAUGAGAUUCCCCAGAUCUCCGAUGAAGUGUAUGUUAACACAAGUGAUCUCUCAGCAGCUAGUAACUACCAGGAACUUAACACACUUGAGCAAAUAUCACGUGAUUAUCAGARUCUGCAAGGUAUGCGGUCAACGGUUCGUAGUCCUUUAGGCUUACAGCCGGAAGUAGCCUAUGAACCCCUGAAGAAAGAGCAGCAGCCUAAGUACGAACCACUAAACUACCAAUGAUCACAUUUAUUCAACAGAGGAACUCAAGUGAAAACAUUGCUGUUGUACCAUAUUAACUUUUGAAAAUCUCAGACAAGAACUUUUAUGGAACAAAAAUUUCCAAACUGCAUUUACCGAAAAAAAAAAACAAAAAAACAAUAGAUAUCACACAAGAGUAGAUACAUCCGAAAGCAAGAGCCUAUUGGUGACUUUUACUUUUAUUAAAAUACGAGCAAAACAAUCAAAAUCAUAGAUACACAAAUAAACUGCCAAUGAAACGCUGAAAAAAAAUAGGACUGACUAUAUUAACAUCACAUUUUCAAAUAGUGUUACUAGAGCAUAGUUUUAGAGGGAAAUGGUUAAGAAGCUUUUUGUUGUAGGUUUUUGUGCACUUUUUUCCAAUCGUGACAGUGCAAUAUCGUCGUUUUUGUUUAACUAUUGUUUUAG